AUGAAUUUCUUUUCGUGCGGCUGCGGGGCGCUGCUGCGUGAACUUAGCGGGCUGCCGCCUUUUUCUUCCCUCCCUCUCCCUGCCCUCACUCUCUGCGCCGUGCCCCACCGCGCUCCCCAUUUCUCUCUCUGUUUCUUCUUCUUCGCUGCCUCGCAGCCCACUGGCUCUGCUGCGAUUCUACUGCCGCCACCACCACCACCGCUGUUUUUGCCGAUGGCGCUGACGGUGCGGCGCCGUGCGGUGUGCGCCCUGGCGCUCCUCGCGCUGCUCUGCGCCUCCGUCUGCGGGGCGAUUGCUGAAGGGCCUGCGGCCAAUGUGAAUGUGUCGGUGGAGGUGUCGUGCCCGAACACUAACGACAACAAGUUGCGCUGGCGCGUUGCCGGCGAGAAAACACCUACUUGGAAGGAGUGUCCUCAGGCAGUGAAGGGUGCGGGGGGCAGUGAAACCGGCGCUGCUGGCAAUAAUUCCCUCUGCAUAUUUGCCGGUUCGGUGUUCCUGGAGAAGUUCCCGACGGGGACGUGCCCUGCACCCCAGCCAACGGAGGGCACAGACGCUGCUGCGUUCACGAUGAACUGCACGGCGGCUGCAAACAGUGCGCUGCACAAUCUGUCGAAGGGCCAAGGUGGCACCAUCAGUGCAACGGAGGAUCCACUGGGCGCGUCAGGCGAUUGUGAGUUCCCAACCCCCAGUCAAACACCGGCCGAAGUGCAGACUGGAUCCCAACCUACAGAACAACAGCAAACGGCUGGACCACAACAACAACUUCCAACACAAUCGUCGCCACAACAACUGCCAGCACCUUCAGCUCCUGCCAAAACUGAGCAAGAGGGCAAUCCAUCAGGCGUCGGUCGGUCGGUGCCUAAAGAACCCACUGCUGCUGCCGGACAGCCGGGCACCGCAGCGGGCCCCACCGGAAGUCAGGAGUCAUCGGCAGAAGGUUCUCGGGAAAAUACAACGCCGUCGGUUGGCACUGCGGCUUCGCCAGCAGCGGCGGCAGGAAAGGCGGCAGAUGGAACCACGACGACCACCACCCGCAGCCCGAGUGCUGGGAGCCACGCGGACAGCACUGCCACCAUCGCCACUGCGUGGAUGCGUGCACCAUUGCUGCUGCUGCUGCUCACGGCCGCUAUUGCCUGCACUGCUGGGUUAUUCUGA